AUAUGUGCGCCCUUUCUCAGUUCCUCGGCAGCUGAGUGCUCGGCUCGUGCUGCUGCUGCUGAUAUCCCUCUCUAUGGUGCACCGGUGUGCCAGUACGUGUCCCGCCAACCACUGCAACAGUGGUGGCAUCUGCUUCCGGAUCAACCAGGUGAUGCAUUACGACGUGGCCAAGUGUUUCCGGAUCGCGUGUCGCUCCUCUGCGAUCACCGGCGUGUCGUCAGUGGUCCGAAUGGAGGACGUCGGCGACUGCGGACAGUGUUGCGAGUAUAACGCCGAUAUCUACGCCGUGGAUGAAGAAGUGUUCUUCGAGGACGACAACUGCACCAGGAGAUGUGCGGGGCAGGACGUCUGGUCAGGCUGCAUUGACGGGAGCACCACUUCAGCGAGCACCACCACCAGCGAAGCCACGACUCCACCCAGCACCAGCACAGCCGGUAACCGCUCGGCCCGUCACCAGGGCUAGAGGACGCUCUGAAACCAGCGAGAGACCGCGGCAGCCUCCACUGGCGGCUCGUCAGGACACGUGGUUCGUCGGAUGAGUUUCCGCCAGUCUGAGGAGGCCAUAUUCGGUAGCACGUCUGCGACGUACCACCCCUCGAACCACAGACAUGACGGAUUGUCUGUACGGAGCCACGCGGAUCGGGGAAAUGGCCGCCGCUGGGGCCUGGGGGUGGGGGCCUGGGGAGCCUUUGUGGGAGGGGGGGGGGGGGCAGCAUUGUCACAAAGCCGACUAUGAUCCCUCUCAGCACACCGAUGAGAGCCAGUUAGGUAUGUCACCGAGAACAUCCGUUCGUGUGGAGGCGUAUUUAGUGGUGGGUGUAAUGAGGCUGACGAUGACGAGAAGGUGGGGUCAGGGUGAUGGAUUUAUUGUCUUCUCUUGGUCCCAGCUUGUGACGACCGCGGGUGCUCGGCUGCGCAGGAGCUACAGGUAUGCUUCUGGGAAACAUUCACUGAUGAGGUUUUGUGGUUAGAUCAUGAUGGGAUUGACCUCGGUUUGGUAUUAUGUAGCGUCGCUAUUAUCGAUACAACGAUGGAAGACAAUUGUCGUCAUCUUUAGAUGCAUGGCAAGUAUGCAUAUGUUACCGGCACACCACAAAUGCGACGUGAACAACAAAAAGUAAAUGAUCAUAAAUUGUGAA